UCGUUCACUCACGAGCCAACACUACUGCAAAGGAGCCCGACUUGAGAGCGGCUCCCUGCCCUGCCGCCGAACGUCAGUCAGCCUGCCUCCCUCCACGGGAUGAGAAGAAGGCAGUGUGUGUCGCGCAUUGCGGAGGAGAUGCGGGAGCCAACUCCGCGUCCUCUUUCUUGGCUGUGAACGCGCGCGGUGGAAUUCUUGCCAGAGCACCCAUCCGCCUUGUUGGUGACCGCCGGGCACCACGAUCUUCUGGCUCCUCAAACUAUGAGCAGGCUGCAGCGGGCAUUUGGGAAUACAGGCAAGUUUGAACAAGUGGACCCACGUACACGUUGCGUGGAUUGGAUGCUGAUGCUGACGCUCCCUCCUUCCCUCCCUCCUUCCGGCAGGCUGGCUGGCUGGCUGGCUUUUCUUUAGGAGACCCAAUGUUUAAUUGAUGUCACAACGUGCACGGAGAGGAAGGACUGACUGACUGACUGCAGCAGCGCAAAUCGCCGCCGCCGCCGCCGCCGCCACACAUCGGCUCGACUAGUAAAGACGUUUCGAAAGGAAAAGCGUGAUUUGGCCUUUUUUUCCUUUUCCAAAUGCCAAGUUGUAUUCUCCAAACGUCAACUGGUGGCUCUGCAGGAGAGAUGCAGUGGCCAAUAAGCUGGCGAGCUUCCCGUUUUCCUGCAGACAACAGCAGAUGAGCACUUUCAAUCGGGCUCUGAGCGGGCAUCAUCACCUGGAGCCAAGCUCUGGAGUGACGACCCUCAGCAUGAAGACCCAAACCGGCAAAGUCACCGCAGCAGCAUCGUCGGGCCGGCGAAAGCCCCGCUUCACCUUGCGGGGCCGAAAGAAGAAGGACGGCGUGAUCCGAGGCAAGCUUCGCCUCCGUUCCGUCGCCGGAGCCUUCUUGGUGCUCGGGGUCAUGGUGGUCACGGUGGGCACGGCUCUGGCUGUGGCCGGGUACCGAAUGUCACGUUUGUCCAUUCCGGGAGCCGCCGAGGCCAAUGGUCUUUCCCAACCACGGGGGAAUUGGAGUCUGGGAGCCAAGGGCUUCCUGUCCCCCGUCAGCAUGAUCCACUGCGAGCGGAUGAAGCUGCUGGGUCCCGUCAUCAUGGGGGUGGGACUCUUCAUCCUCAUCUGCGCCAACACCGUCUUGUACGAGAACCGCGACAGAGAGACUCAAAUGCUCCUGGCUCAGAUGCGCAACGUCAUCUGCUCCGUGUCUGCCGCCGUACCCUCGGCGGACCUCCGGCAAAUGGCCUUGGCCAACGCCGUGUCCAAACAUCACUGGGUGAGCACUUUGCCCGCCGCCCAGCUCAACAGCUUAUGUCGACAGCAGCUGGCGAGUUCCGAGCCCGUCCUGCAGAGCGCCGCCGCCGCCGUCUACCGCCAGACGGAGGCUCUCCAUCAUCAAGAGUCGUCGUCGGCGCCGACCUCCACCGAUUGCUCCUCCUGUAAUUCCAGCCGGAUGGACUUGGACGCUCAGCGUGAAGCCCGGCUGAGCUUUAAGAGCCGGGCCGAGGACGAGGCCCAGCUGGCCGACUGCCUGAUGUCGGCCAGCUCCAUGUCCACCCUGGGCUUGGACGACGCGGACAGUCCAGCCGCUCAACCUCGACGCUGCCAUAGUAUGAGCUACAGGACUAAACCUUACGUGGCUCAAAGUUCUUUGUCGGCGGAGAAAGCAGAUCAGUCCGAUUGGAGAAGAGGGCCGCUUUCCGGAGUCAGCGUUGUUAACAUUCCCGGACAGGUUGCGGACGAGCACCCUCAUCGAAGCUGGCCUCGGCUAGACCUGGGCGUGGGCAGACGCUAUCUGAAGUUGGACAACAAAGAGGACUCUGUGGACAAACUGCUGGAUCACUUAGAGCAGCAAUCUUCUCAGUGGGAUAAGAGUUUUGGUUCAGGACCUUUCCAGUGAUCAACACUCAAACAACCAGGAAGUCAUCAUUUUUUCAAUGAUGAAAGUGAACAACUAACGGUUCUCUUACGCCCAGUGAGUUCUGCGCCAUUUGGAGUGUCUUGAGCCUGUUGACGGACAGUCACAAUUGAUGCACAGAUGAAUCGAAGGAGAACAAGAGCUGCUCUCAUUGAUGAGCUAAACAUUGGUUUUUUUCCAGGUGGACCAGUUUGUUGAGCGCAGCAAGACUGAAGGUUGAAGCAGACUCGGUGUUCUCCCGGAGCCAUGAGUUGUCACAACUGUGUCUGGAUAGAAAUGGGAUGACAACAAUGCAUGUACGUUUUCUACGUUAGACUAAGUUACAUCUGCAGAGAAGUGUCCGUUCCGUGUUGGGUCCAUGUGCAACAAGGAAAGGUCACCCCAAUCGAUUACAACUUAAUUGAUGGAGUCAUUCUCGUGUAUCACCCCCCCAACCCACCCCUAAACGUAACAAGUGCUGAAAAAGAAGCCCAACUAUGUUUUGUGAAGCUUAACAAAAGAAACCCUGACCAAAAAAAAAAAAAACCCAAAUCAGAUUGUUCUGCUCGGUGAGAAAAGACCAUUGUUGUAAUAAAGCAACAUUCCACCGAUGUUUGCCUGUUGCUUGCUAAAGCAGAAUUAGCCUGUCGUGAAAGCAAUGAGAUUGUUUCCCUCCGCUCUCCUGGUAUUUAUGAGUGGAGGGGAGGGAGGGGGCUUCCUCUCUCCCUCCCCCUCUUAAACACACGCACAUAAAUACACACGUAUACACAUAUCUGAUCCAAUGGACCCAUUGCAUUGUGCCGACUGGGCAAAAGAGAUUUAGUGAGGUCACCAUUCCUUCAAUCCAUGUGCAGCGGUGACCUCUUUGUGUUUGUGUGUGUGUGAUGCCUGUUGUGUGUUCUAAAUGUAUACUAAGCAAUAUUAGCAGUGUGACAGAACAAUCAAUGGCUGUCUUGCCCUUUGUCAAAGCACUGCAUUAAAAAACAUUGCCCUGC